AUGUGGACACCUCCUAAUGUUCCAUAUUACGUCGCACCAGAUCAGCUUCCUGCUCCCCUUCCUACUACGCCGGAGAUUCGAGCAUGCGGCACUAUAUUGCACGAACGCUCUAACCUGACUGUCAAGGCUAUGGGUAUGCACUUCGUUGUUAAAUAUGGCCCAGGAACCAAGAUCCAAGAAGGCAACAAUCUGCUUUUUCUACAUCACCAUCUGUCGUCCGUACCCGUUCCACGGCUGUGGGCAAUGUACGAGGAAGGUGAGGACGUGUUUAUCAUCAUGGAGCAAUUCAGGGGAGAUACCCUACAGGAUAUCUGGCCAUCGUUGCAAGCCUCUGACAAAAGCGCCAUCACGAAACAACUUCGGGGCAUAAUGGAUCAACUGCGGGCAUUCAAGCCACCGGAACCGCCGUUCUAUGGUAGCUUAGACCGCGGUCCGAUCCCUUACUUCUUGUUCUAUUCGAGCGAGUCAAACCCGGCAAUAACCGGACCGUUCGGCAACGAGUAUGACUUCAUCCAAGGUCUCGUACGGAAUUUGAGGACCAUCGAUGACCUUAAUCACCGGGACAGUUACAGAACAGAUUUCUACGAGCAGAAUCUCCCGUCCUGCUUCCGCCUUGGCCGGCCAACGCUGACUCACGGCGACAUUCAGAGAAAGAACAUAAUGGUCCAGCGGACAUGUCCUCAGGGUGAUGUGUGUGAACCCGCUUUCAGGCUCAUGAUCAUCGACUGGGAAGACUGCGGUUGGUAUCCUGCCUACUGGGAAUCCUUCGUGGUCUUCACAUCCCUGCGCUGGGACGACGAUUGGUGUUCGAGGAUUCAGGACUUUCUUGUCCCUUGGCCAGCUGAGACAGCAGCACUAAACAUGAUAUACCACGAUCUAUUUUUCUAG